AUGUUGAGAACCGCCGCUACCAACCUCUUGGGAAUCAAGCAUCCCGUCAUACUAGCUGGCAUGGAUGCAGUCGCAUCGCCAAAGCUAGCGGCAGCGGUUACAAACGCUGGAGGGCUUGGUGUCUUUGGUGGUGUAAACUACACGCCAGAGGCCAUGCGCGAGGCCUUGGCGGAACUAAAAAGCAAUCUACACGAUAAAAGCGCACCAUUCGGGGUAGAUCUCCUCAUACCUCAGAUCGGGGGUAGCGCCCGGAAAACAAACCACGACUACUCACAUGGCAAUCUCGACGAGCUAAUCACUAUCAUUAUCGAAAGUGGCGCAAAGCUCUUCGUCAGUGCGGUCGGCUUGCCACCCAAACGAAUCGUGGACCGUCUACAUGAUGCAGGAAUUCUCUACAUGAACAUGAUAGGUCAUCCGCGCCACGCACAAAAGGCCAUUGACAAUGGAGCGGAUCUCCUCUGUGCUCAGGGCGGCGAGGGGGGCGGCCAUACAGGGGAUAUCGCCACUGUGAUUCUGGUCCCCGCGGUGGCCAAGUUGAUUAAAGGACAGAAGAGUGCUUUCACCGGCCGGGAGGUUGUCCUGGUUGCAGCUGGAGGUCUUUUCAAUGGGCAAUCGCUUGCAGCAGUGUUGAUGUUGGGCGCGUCAGCCGCUUGGGUCGGGACGCGGUUUAUAUUGGCUGAGGAGUCUGGUGCGUCCAAGCACCAUCAAGAGACUCUCAAGAAGUCGACUUUUGGAGAUGUUAUUCGUACGACGGCGUACACAGGGCGGCCCUGUAACGUCCACGCAAGUUCUUAUAUCCGGCGAUGGGAGGAAGAGCGGCGACAAGAGAUGCUUGACCUUCAAGCUAAGGGUAUUAUUGCAGUUCAACAUGAUUUGGACACGAAGCCGGAUGAUGAUGAAGUAUUGGAUAAUGCGCACUUUAUGGCAAUGGGCCGGGUCGCCGGGUUGGUAGAUGAGGUGCAACCGGCGAGGCGCAUUGUCGAGGACAUGGUGGCUGAGGCAUGCACGGUGCUCUCGAAAGGCCAGAGAAUGAUGGAGAAAUUGUAG